CCUAUGUUCUUUGCCAGCAUGAAGGCAAAACAGGUGGACGCCCGCCGCCUCAAGGCUGCUGGGUGACCAAACUUUUCCAGACCAUGUUCAUUCUUGGUCUCCUCUUUCAUUACACCACCCACACAGAUGCUCACCACCACCGCAUCCUCCCCGACGUUUCCAUCGCAUCAAGUCAUCAACACCAUCUCGCGCAACGCCGCCGCGAAAUAAAAGUGCGACGCCAAAACUCCAGCGCCUAGACCGGGAGACAAGACCGACGCUGCUUGCUCCCUCCGCGUCUAGCGCCCGAGAGCCAACUGCCACCCCAUCAACCACUCCAUUGUGUGUGUGUGCCCCGUCACCGUCCAACCAGUGGAUCGCCCAAUUCCCGAACCGCGAACCUGGGCCAAGGCACCAAC